CCACCUAGCAGAGAGACGCAUCGCUUUCCCACUGAAGCAGAGACACGCUUCCCGUCUCUCAUCCGCUAGCUUGACCUCCGUUCUUCCAUGUCUUUCACGCCGGCCACGCGCUGCUGCACUAGCAGCAGGCUAAUUAAAGCUGGUGGGUGCUCCAUCGAUCGGCCAUGGUGGGGUCGCCGGUGAAUCGGCUGGCGCGACUGGCGAUCGCUAGGCCGCUGGAGAAGGCCGGGCUGGUGUGCGUCCUCGCCGCGACGGCUGCGCUGCUGCUGCUGCUCCGGCUGGGCUGCCCCGCGUCGCCCAAGAAACUCUGGUCGCCGUCGGCAGUGGUGGAGGAGUGCGACUUUUUCGACGGGAAGUGGGUGUGGGACGACAAGUACCCGCUCUACGAGUCCAAGGACUGCCCCUUCGUCGACGCCGGGUUCCGGUGCUCGGAGAACGGCCGCCCCGACACGGCCUACACCAAGUGGCGGUGGCAGCCGUCGCGCUGCGAUCUCCCCAGAUUCGAUGCUAAAAGCAUGCUCGAGAGGCUACGAAACAAGAGGGUGGUUUUCGCUGGCGAUUCGAUUGGACGGAACCAGUGGGAGUCUCUGCUUUGCAUGCUCUCUGCUGGUGUUUCAGACAAGAGCUCCAUCUACGAGGUUAAUGGCAAUCCCAUCACAAAGCACAUGGGCUUCUUGAUCUUCAAGUUUAGAGACUACAAUUGCACCGUGGAGUAUUACAGGUCUCCUUUUCUAGUCCCACAAGGCCGUGCACCGGCUGGAGCCCCCAAGGCUGCCACCAGCACGGUUCGGGUGGAUGUCAUGGACUGGAUGUCUGACCGCCGCCGGGGUAAGUGGGGUGAGGCUGAUCUGUUGAUCUUCAACAGCGGGCAUUGGUGGACCUACGAGAAAACAAUCGGAUCGGGAUCCUAUUUCCAAGAAGGGGACGAGGUGAAGAUGGAUAUGACUGUUAGCGAUGCUUAUGGGAGAUCGAUACGAGCAUUGUUCGAUUGGCUUCAGAAAGAAGUUGACACAAGCAAGACCCAGACGAUCUUCCGUACAUAUGCUCCUAGGCACUUCAGCGGUGGUGGCUGGAACAAUGGAGGGAGAUGUCAAUUGGAAACUCUUCCAUACGUCACAACACCCAAGUCAGUGGAGCAAUGGGCCGACAUGCUCAAGCCCGUGAAUGAUGUUCUAGGGAACGACAAAAGGCCCAAGUUUCCUGGGCUAGAUAUAUUGAACGUGACGCAGAUGACGGCCCAACGAAAAGACGGUCACCUCUCAGUUUUUUCAAGUCCUUUCAGGCAGGACCAAAACAACGGGACAUCAGAGACCCAGAAAUUGGAGGAUUGUAGCCACUGGUGCUUGCCUGGAAUCCCUGAUACCUGGAACGAGCUUCUGUACGCCGUAUUCAUGAGAAGACAGAUGAUAUCGGACCAAAAUGUCCCCCUUUCUGCCUGAAGAACGUACUCUGAACGCUGACAGGGGAAAUGCCUACUUGAAGGGCAAAAGGCCUGGCUUGCAAAAUCUGAAUUAUUACACCAUCAAUUUUGAUCCGUUAAAGGAAAAUUGGUCACUUAUACUCA